GUGAGUGCAGCUGUUUUGCUUUGUAAAUAAUUACCAAUUUUCGUUGGCGACUUAACGUAAUGUUAAUAACUGGACUUAAUUAGUUGUUCAUUUGUAGUUAAUAUGGUCGCCAAUUAAAUAAAGAUUCUUUACGAGUAACUUACACUUUGUUGCAGGAAUCUAUAAUUAAAAUUGACCGUAAAGUCUAAAGUAGUUCGCCCUACUUGCCGUUUCUGGGUUUUGAUCGACGUUGACAACAGCGAAGAUGUCUCACCACCGUGAACCAACCGUAUUCGGAGCACCGAACUUCAAUGCGCUGGAAGAUGCCAACACCCUCCGAGCCGCCAUGAAGGGCUUCGGCACGGACGAGCAGGCCAUCAUCGACAUCCUCACGGCGCGCUCCAACCAGCAGCGCCAGGCCAUCUCCCAGGCCUUCACCCACGAGUACGGCAGAGACCUGAUCGACGACUUGAAGUCGGAGCUGGGCGGGCACUUCGAGGACGUGAUCGUGGCGCUCAUGCUGCCGCCUGAGGAGUACCUCUGCAAGGAGUUGCACCACUGCAUGGAAGGCAUGGGCACAGACGAGGAUACGCUAGUGGAGAUCCUGUGCACGCGCACUAAGAAGGAGAUCGCCGCCAUUGUCGAAGCCUACGAGCGCUUGUACGACCGACCGCUGGCGGAGCACAUGUGCUCCGAGACCUCUGGAGACUUCCGCCGCCUGCUCACGCUCAUCGUCACUGGGGCGCGCGACGAGGAAGCGGGCGUGGACCCGGCGCGCGCGCAGGAGUCCGCGCAGGCGCUGUAUGACGCCGGCGAGGCCAAGUGGGGCACCGAUGAGGAGAUAUUUAACAAGAUCCUUGCGCACGAGAGCUUCGCACAACUGCGGCUGAUCUUCGAGGAGUACAAGAACAUCGCGGGCCGCACCAUCGAGCAAGCCAUCAAGGCCGAGAUCGGCGGCGAGCUCAAGGACGCGUUGUCGGCCAUCGUGGAGUGCGUGGAGAGCGCUGCGGCGUGGUUUGCGACGCGCCUGCGGAAGGCCAUGCAAGGAAUGGGCACCGACGACCGCACGCUCAUCCGCAUCGUCGUCAGCCGCAGCGAGAUCGACCUCGGCACCAUCAAGCGGGAGUACGAACGCCUCUACGAUAAAACCUUGGAGAGCGAGAUUAGGGGAGAGACAUCUGGAGACUACAAGAGGGCCCUCGUCGCACUCCUCGGACCGGCGUAGAGGAUGCAAGGAGGAUGCACAGUACCAUAGACAAUUAUCUGAUCAGAUGUAUGAAAGGGUGAUCGCUACAGUAAUUAGCCAAUACAUAGUUAUUGGCCAACUUGCCUAAAAUGAAAAUAUUUUUUCUGAGCAAUACGCAGUCCAAUGUAGUAAAUAUUUUUGUCUCUUACUUAUUAACAAUCCAAUAUGCCAAUACAAUAACUAUGUAUAGGCUAAUUACUAUGACAAUCACCCUAAGUCUUUUCAGUGUGGCCUAAAAUAAGAAAUAGAAGUUUGAAAAUGUCAUGUGUGAGGUGCAAACAAAAAUUAAAGAGCACCUAAACCAAACUUGGGGUGUAUUUCCCGAAAUUCUGUUGAGCUAUUAUCAUCAGAUCAGAUAAGUUGGCGCUGUGUAAUUAAUGUAAGUUGCUCACAUGGAAUAAUGGCAACACUUUCUUUUCGGUGUCUAUGUCUAAAUGUCGUGUAGAUGUUGCCAGUGUUAAAAAUACAAUUCCUUAGAGAGCUAACUUCUUAUACAAUUUUAAAACGUUUUACAUUAUUAUUAUUAGUAAGAUUCUUGAUCAGCUUUCGGGCUACAAUUUACAUAAGCGAAUUGAUGUUGUAUUUCUUUUGUAUUGAUAUUAUUAUGUCUGUUUUCUGUUGAAACAGGUGUUACUCAUAUUGUAAUUUGGUUAUAAUGUAGUUGCUACGUUAAAUAAUUGAAUCUGAUUGGGAAGUAUUAUUACUAAUUUAUUUAUUGGAUAUUGUUUCUAAUGUUGAUUUCUCAAGCUGUAUCUCGAAUACGCUUACUGUGCUCGUGUCGCGUAGGUGUAUACGUGUAGAUGUAAGAGUACAUAGUUUUCAAGUGAUAGACAGUUGCAGAAAUAUGCUGUAUUAUAGACUGUAUCAAAUAUAGCCUAUAAUAUAGAGCUUUUGCCUUCAUGCAGUGCCUUGAGAUUGUAUUAUUUGUCAAUUGAUAAUAUUAAAAUUUUAUUGAUGUUGAUUGUUCUUAGAAUUUUAUUAAAAUUACAUCCUGACUGAGAGCCAUAAUAUAACAUUCCCCUUGUUUAAGUUUAGCUUUAAUUUUUAUUUUCUUACAUCACAAUAAAUAAGAAAUAGUAA